UUCUACCGAAGACUCCCUCUCUGUCUCUCUGUCUGUCUGUCUGUCUCUCUCUCUCUCUCUUUCUCUCUCUCUCCUCGGAGACGAUUGACGAACCCUGACAAGAUCGAUCGCUCCAAUCACCGAAAGUCAAUGUCAAAGGAGGAAGCUGCGAGGGAGGCGAUAAAGCAGGCUCUGAGAGCGCUGCGGAAGCGGCAUUUACUCGAGGAAGCCGCUCAUGCUCCCGCUUUGGCAGCUCUCUCGCGGCCCUUCGUCUCUCAGGGAUUGGAAUGGAAAGAGAAAGCUGAAAGCUUGGAAGCUGAACUUCAGCAAUGCUACAAGGCUCAAUCUCGGUUAGCUGAGCAGUUGGGGUCGGAAGUCGCUGAAACCCGAUCUUUAAAAGCUUCCCUCCAGGAGAAAGAGCAGGCAAUAGAGAGUCUGGAAAGGGAAUUGACAGAGACAAGGGAAGAAUGCUUGAAAUUGAGAGCAGAGUUGGACGAGAAAACCAGAGUUGUUGAUUUAGUUUUGAGUGAAAACUCUGAGAUUAAAAGGCAACUCGAAGAGAUGACUCUGAUAGCUAAGAAAGCUGAAGCUGAAAACAAGACGUUAAUUGACCGUUGGAUGUUGCAAAAGAUGCAGGAUGCUGAACGCCUCAAUGAGGCUAAUGCCCUCUAUGAAGAUAUGAUGGAGCGCCUUAAGGCUAAUGGCUUGGAAAGUCUUGCUCGGCAACAAGUUGAUGGAGUGGUCCGGCGAUGUGAAGAAGGUGCCGAAUACUUUUCAGAGUCAACCUUUCCCUCUAACUGCAAGAACAGGAUCCAUGCCCAUGAAGGUGGCUGUGCAGCAAUACUCUUUGAGUGCAACUCGAGCAGAUUGAUCACUGGGGGACAAGACAGGACAAUUAAAAUGUGGGACACAAAUACCGGUUCAUUGGCCCGUACUCUACAUGGCUGCCUGGGUUCGGUUCUAGACCUUGCUGUCACGCAUGAUAAUAGAUCUAUCAUUGCAGCAAGCAGCUCGAACAAUUUGUAUGUAUGGGAUGUAAACUCGGGCCGGAUCCGUCACACUCUGACAGGCCACAUGGAGAAAGUCUGUGCAGUGGACGUGAGCAAGAUUUCUAGCCGUCAUGUUGUGAGUGCAGCCUAUGAUCGGACUAUAAAAGUCUGGGACUUGCAGAAGGGUUACUGCAUCAACACAAUCAUCUUCCCCAGCAACUGCAACACACUUUGCUUCGGUAUGGAUGGACAUACAAUAUGUUCAGGCCACGUCGACGGGAAUCUCCGUUUAUGGGAUUUUCAGACAGGAAAGUUAAUCCAUGAAGUUGCUGCACAUUCGCUUUCUGUUACAUCGAUUUCUCUUUCGAGAAAUGGAAAUAUGGUGUUGACCAGCGGGAGAGAUAAUUUGCACAAUUUAUUUGAUAUAAGGACUCUUGAAGUGUGUAGUACUUUGAGGGCUUCAGGAAAUCGAGUGGCAUCAAACUGGAGCAGAUCCUGUAUCAGUCCCGAUGACAAUUACGUAGCAGCUGGGUUGGCUGAUGGAGCUGUACAUGUGUGGUCAAUUUCCAAAGGUGAUAUUGUGAGCACUCUGAAGGAGCAUACUUCAUCUGUGUUGUGCUGUUCCUGGAGCAGCCUUGGGAAACCUUUAUGCUCUGCAGACAAGAGUGGGAUCAUCUGUACAUGGACGUAGGGUGUUCAGUCAUGCUUGUGUAGAUACGACUCGUCACUGCAACUUUCGGUUUUAUUCUUUCAUUUCACUGCUCAGCUCUUCGGAUUUGCGCAGAGUUCACCAAUGGGGGCAAUACUUGUUGCCCUCUGGAAUGUUACACUGAGUCCGAUCUGGCUGAGGCAACAAAGGUUUUUCGCUUUUUCUUUCUGUCUGUUUUUUGUAACUGUCUUGUGGGAAAGGCAAGGCACGUGAUAUAGCUGUUCAAUGGACGUAUAAUUCUGAUAUUCUGUAAAUAAUUCUAAUGGGAGAUAUGUAUUGAUCAUUGAUUUUUGAGGUA